AUGCAGGCGGUGCCAGCGACUCUGUACGACCGCAUGGGUGGCAGUGAUGCAGUAGCAGCUCUGGCGGUAGAGACAGUGCGGCGUGGUCUGGCGGACUGGAGAAUCAAGCGCUUCCUGGAGGGGGCGCAGGAUGCUGCGGCGCAGGCACAAACAGCCCAGUGGCUGGGUUCUGCACUGGGCGGGCCGCUGACCUACAGGGGCCCUGACCCCUCGGCACUCUACUCUCGGCUGGCGGCGGAGAAGGGCCUGAAUGGCACCCACCUCGACACCCUAGCACAACAUGUCGCCGGCGCCAUGGCAGAGAUGGGCCUGUCGGCGGACAUGAUUGAUGGCUUGCUGGCGGCCCUGGCCGUGCAUCGGCAGGGGUGGACCUGA